UUUAACAUAAAGUGCAAUUUAGCCAAGAAUUAUAAUAAAAAGAUAGAUAUACAAGCCUUUUAUGUUAAAUAUCAAGCUGGAGCCAGCAACCAGUUGCCUUUUGCAAAUGUUCAGUAUUGGCAAUUACUUUAAAACCAGUCCAACCUUCUAAGUGUAAUUUUAGCUGACUAGACGUUUCUCCGCUCCCUGGUGUUUCCACCCAAACCUGUAUCUUCUUAUCGGUUGAGAAAUAGAUGGGAUUAAACCUGCGGUCAUUUGGCCAACGGGCAGUGAGGCAUUAGUGACUGUGUGUAAGCUGGAUUUAAAGCGGGCGACCGUCCCCGCCGGGGAACCGCAGUGACGAGUCCGCAGAGGGAUCGGAUUCAUGCCUCGGCACCAAAGCGCGCGCCGACAUGGAGAUAACGCUGAAGAGCUUCCCGCUGAAGAUCGUGAACAUCCCGUGGAGGAAUAACAACCUGAGCACGCUGCGCACGGAGGCUCACCUGUCGGAACAGGGGGAGAACCUCAUCGGCGUCUACCUGCUGCUGCUGGGAUGGAUGUCCUGGUUUGGCAACAGUCUAGUGAUGUUCGUCCUGUACAGGCAGCGCUCGUCGCUGCAGCCGACGGAUUUCCUCACGCUAAGCCUCGCCGUGUCCGACGCCAGCAUCUCGGUGUUCGGCUACUCCCGGGGAAUCCUGGAAAUAUUCAACAUCUUCAAGGACAACGGGUAUUUGAUCACGUGGAUCUGGACCUGCCAGGUAGACGGCUUCUUGACGCUGCUCUUCGGCCUCGCGAGCAUCAACACUCUGACUGUGAUCAGCGUCACCAGAUACAUCAAGGGGUGCCACCCGAGCAAAGCGUACUGUAUCAACAUUAACACCAUCAUUGUUUCGCUCAUCUGCAUUUGGACCGGGGCGGUUUUCUGGUCAGUGGCUCCAUUGCUGGGCUGGGGCAGCUACGCAGAUCGGGGUUACGGUACCUGUGAGGUGGACUGGUCCAAAGCCAAUUACUCCACCAUCUAUAAGUCCUACAUCAUCUCCAUCCUCAUCUUCUGCUUUUUCAUCCCGGUGAUGAUCAUGCUCUUCUCCUACGUCUCCAUCAUCAACCAAGUGAAAAGCAGCAACGCCAUGUCGGCCGACGGCUUCCUCACUGCCCGUCAGAGGAAGGUGGAGAGAGAUGUCACACGGAUUUCCAUUGUAAUCUGCACGGCUUUCAUCAUGGCCUGGUCGCCAUAUGCCGUGGUGUCGAUGUGGUCAGCCUGGGGUUUCCACGUGCCCAGCACAACCAGCAUCGUCACCCGCCUCUUCGCCAAAUCCGCCAGCUUCUACAACCCGCUCAUCUACUUCGGCAUGAGCUCCAGGUUCCGCAAGGACGUGUCGGUGCUGCUGCCGUGCGCGCGGGAGCGCAGGGAGGGCGUGCGCCUGCAGCACUUCAAGCCCAAAGCCGAGGGCGAGGCCGCGUCCCCGGCACCGACGCACCCGGUCCGGAAGCCGGAGGCCAAAGACGCGGCCGCGGACCUGAGCCAGUGCAACACGGACAGCGACUCUGGGGUCAACAGCCCCCCGGAGACGCCGCCGUCCGACACGCAGGAGGUCUUCCACAUCGACGUGCCCUCGCACACUGAGGCACAGUCACAGUACUGGUGCGACAGACUGUGACGCCUCUAGUUCAGCCAAUACUUGAAUCACAAAGGGAGAUUGAGAGUAUUUUUAUAUGUUUUGGUCUUACCUCUGUCAUUGACCUGUAUGUGUAACUAAUGUGAAUAAAUCAUUUUCUGAACCUCCGCUGACAUUUGGACGUUCAGCUUUCAUUCCGCCCAACAGCGGCCGGCUGGACCUUCUCAGAGUGAAAGCAGCCGAUGAAAGGUGCGCUCCGUGACGUGUGCAAACACAUCUGGAAGCACUGAAAGGUCCUCAGCGUGCGAUGGCCGUUUGCCCCGCUGCCCCCGAGGCUGCUGAUUCCAGAUCAGAUGCACCCCCGUGCGUUACAUUACAUUCCCCAGAAGAUGCCAGACUCUUUCAAGUACAUUUGCCUCCAUUGAAGCAUCAUCAUAUCAGUCAAUUAAAUACAAGUCAGAGCGAAAGCAAUCUUAAUAAUAAUUAAUAUUAAUACCAAUAAAUCUGCUGACAAAAAUCAAAUAUCACCUAAAUAGAAUUUUUUUUGUGUCUAAUUGCCUCAAAGAGAAAUUACCUA